GGUGCUCAACCUGCAGGAUUACCAUUAAACGUAAAAAUUCUUCCUCAAUAUUUGAAAGAACUUGGUUAUUCUACUCACGGCAUUGGAAAGUGGCAUUUAGGAUUUUUUAAAAAAGAAUAUUUACCGUUUAAUCGGGGAUUUGAUUCUUUCUUCGGUUUUUGGGAAGCACACAUGGACUACUAUGAUCAUACUACUCUUGAAACUUAUACAAAUUCUACGUUAAAGUAUGCAUGGGGAGAUGCUCUAAGAGAUGAUAUGAGAAUAGUGAGUGAAUUGAGAGGAAAAUAUGCAACUCAUAUCUUUACAGAUCGAGCGAUCGAUAUUAUCAAAAGACAUAACAAAUCACAGCCACUAUUUUUAUAUGUAUCUCCUUCUGCUGUUCACAUUGCAAACAGAUAUGCACUUUUUCAAGCACCAUUUAAUGAAGUUUUGAAGUUUCCACAUAUAAGGCAUCCCGAAAGAAGAAUCUUUGCAGCAAUGGUUACGGAACUCGAUACGUCGAUUGGAAAGAUUUUUCGAACAUUAGAUAAAAUGAAAAUGCUAGAUAAUACUAUUUUUAUUAUUUCCACGGAUAAUGGCGGGGAAGCAGCUGGUUUAAGAGGCGGAGUUGGUUCAAAUUGGCCAUUAAGAGGAAAUAAACAAACUCUAUGGGAAGGAGGAGUAAAAGGAGUAGGAGUUGUUUGGAGCGAAUUGUUAAAAUAUCAAUCGAGGAUCGAGAAUAACUUGAUACAUAUUUCUGACUGGUUGCCAACUCUUUAUCACGCCGCAGGAGGAAAUGUCACUACUCUGGGUAGCAUUUAUGGAAUCGAUCAGUGGGACACACUGUCGACAGGUGUCCGUUCACCUCGCGAAGAAAUUCUUCAUAAUAUUGAUCCAAUUGAUGGUGCCUCGGCUCUUCGGUUUAGGAAUUAUAAACUUAUUAAUGGUUCAAAUUUAAAAGGGAAUUAUAAUGGAUGGUAUGGUCCAAAUGGAAGAGAAAGCAAUUUUAUUUCGUUUUAUUAUGAAAAUUUACUUCGGUCUUCAUAUUCUUGGGAAACGCUUAAUAGAAAAGGCUACUUUGAAAAUGCUGAGCGCAAUAUUCUUCGGAAAGUAGAAUUGAAUUGUUUUCGAAAUUCUAAGAAAAACGUCAGCAACUGCGAUCCCAAUUUAUCUCCUUGCUUGUUUGAUAUAAAGACUGAUCCUUGCGAACUUGAAAACAUUGCUAUGUUUCAUCCAGAGAUUAAAACAACGUCAACAGGAAUCAGAGUAUAAAGCAGUGGCUAUAGAAGACAUACGAAAUAGAAGAAAAAAUUG